GUUAGAGUUCCGAGCAGGAACUGCAAAUACUCGCACGGAAAUUCCGGUCUCAGGACUUCUGGUCUGUUGUUAUGGCGACGGCAGCAACUGCUAUGCUAAGGAAGCGCUGAAGAGAUCAGAAAGAGUUUAUCCCAAGAAAAUGGAAACAACAGAGGAUGCAACAAAAAGUGAGCCCGAGGACUUGGGGCCUCAAGGGGAACCAACAUAUUUCAAUCCUCUCCUGAGGGCUUGUCUAACUGGUGACACAGAGGAAGUACAACAGAUUUUUGAGGACCUGGAAGAUCCUGAUCAUGAAAAAGCCACUGAACUAUUAAUGGAAAAGGAUAUUGUAGGCAGAAGCCUGCUAUAUGCAACUUGCAUGGCUGGGCAGAGCGACAUUAUCCGGACACUGGCACGAUAUGGGAUUGAUCUGAAGGAUAAGAUCGCCAGAGGUUAUACACUCCUCCACUGUGCUGCAGCCUGGGGACAACUAGAGACUUUGAAAACUCUUAUAGAACUGGAAGCUGACAUUUAUGCAACCACCUCCCGGGGUGAGAAGGCCAGAGACAUUGCCUACCGAUAUGAGCAGACAGAGUGUGUUGCAUUCUUGAAUUGGGCAGAAGCCAAGCAAAACUUACGAAACUUUAUCUCCCAAAUCCAGGCAACCGUCACUGAUCCUGAGAAAGUUCAGGGAAGGCUUAAUAAAGAAGAUAAGAAUACUUCUCUCAAGGCCUGUCAAGCUAAGUCAGAUUGGCUUGAAAACACCAAGGAGCCUACCAUGCAAGAUUUUGUAGAUCAGAAGCAGCAGCUGGAGGACAUAAUGCUUCCUAUCUUUACAAAGUUGGCUACACCCCGUGUGCAAGACUCUGUUGUCAACAAAAAAAUAGGAAUUCCUUCUGGAGAACACUAAACUUUUUUUCACUCGGCAUCAAUGGCAUCCUGACGUUCCACUGACAUCUCAACACAAAUGCUACUGUUCACUUACCAUCUCUCGUCUGAAGACAGCCAACCUUUAUUCACUUUUCAGAUAUCAAAUGUGACAUAACUUAUUUUUUAUUUUUCUACUUACUGUCCAACAAGUAGACACUUAAAGCAUGCUUGUGCUCUCUAGAGAAGCAAUUGCUUUUUGUUUUACUAGGACCAACUAGAGUCACAAAGAAGCUUUCAAGUUCAUACUUCCUCACUCCUUUGGCUUUUUAGUUGAGCCCAAUAAAAGAAUGAUGCUACUGCUGCUGUUUGGAUUUUACUUAAUGGACCAGAAUGGAUACCUGUACUUUUUUUUGGAGACAAGGCAUUAGUUUUCACUUUUGACAACUGGUCAAAUGGCACAUUUUCAUUCUAAAGAUAAUUUCUACAUGUUGGAAAGAUACACAACCAGUGUUAUUACUGCGUUGGAUCCAAGAAAAAAAUAGAACAGUUCCAAACACUGAACAAAAUAUAUUCUGUUUGUACUUUUUCUUUUUGCAUUUCCUUUAUAUGUAUUUGGUGAUCUAGAGAAAGCGUCAAGCAGAGCCUUGGAAGGAAAUCAUCUUUGCCUGACAAAGUUAUGUCCCCCCACUGUCCCUGAAACACUGUCUUUAUCACAUAAUGUGACUUUAUAACAAACCUUCCCCUGUGCUCUCAGACAACUGGCUGGCUUGACAGGGUGGCAUUAUCAGCUAUUUGGCACAGCAUUUUAAAGGGACAUUUUGGACAGCUUGGCAAGGGGCACUUCCUUUACUUCCUCUUAUAUUUGUGCCCAAACUUUAAUCUUUUUAUGCAUCAUAAAAGGCAUCCUGGUGGAACGCCUCUCCCAAUAUGAACCUACCCGGACACUGCGCUCAACAUCUAAGGCCCUCCUCCGAGUGCCAUCCCAUCGAGAAGCUCGGAGGGUAGUGACCAGAACCAGGGCCUUUUCCGUGGUGGCCCCCGAACUGUGGAAUAGCCUUCCCGAUGAGGUGCGCCUGGCGCCGACGCUACUAUCUUUUCGGCGCCAGGUGAAAACCUUUUUGUACUCCCAGGCAUUGUAAAGCGUGUUUUAAUAGCAUUUUCAUCAUUAUUUUGUUUUUUGGAUGUUGUUUGGUUCUUUUUAUUGUUUGUUUGUUUUGUUUCUUGUUUUAUUGUAUUAUUGUAUUCAUACACUGCGCUUGUUUUUAUCUUUUUGUACACCGCCAAGACAGCCUCCGGGCUUAGGGCAGUAUAUAAAUUAAAUAAAAUAAAAAAAUAAUAAAUAAAUCAUAGACUGAGACAGAUCCUUCUAACUAAAUGGGUAAUUCCUCACCUUAAAAUCAAUUUAAAGUCGUCAGUUUUAACAAGAAGCUUGUUACACCAUUACAUCCAGAAUCCAAAAUAAGAAAGCCGGAUACGAAUUAAUAAACUCAAGUUAAACUAAAUCUACUAUAUAAAGAGUAGUUGCAGCACAUAACAAGCCAAAAAAGAGACAUAGAAGCACAUGGUAAUGGAAAGACACACAGCAGCACAUUUUCCCACUUGUGCUGCAGUUUGGGGAAAUCAAGAAAUUGGAGAAAUUAAACAGUUCAAGAGACUCCUGGUGCACCUUCUCUAUAACUCAAAGUAAACUAGAGAAAUCCCUGCAUCUUUCUAAUAUCCUCUAUGCAUGCCAAAGGAUUUUUUUAUUGGGAGGGGGGAAAUGAUUAGUGAGCACCAAGACAACAUUUGUGGAACCUUGGAACUUGUGAUUGGCAGCUUUGGAAAAAAAGCUUUAGAGAUCCAUGAAGGGUCCAUGAAUGGUAUCCUCACAUAUUCUUUUCUCAUCUUGAAAGUCCUGGGCUCAUACUGGGAGGAAGGGCAGGAUAUAAAUCAAGAAAUAAAUAAAUAAAUAAAAUAAAAGACUAACCUGCACCACUGAGCAGGUUGGCACCACACCACAGCUGCACCACAACUGAACUACUGUUAUGUGAUGCAAUCAUUUCCUUUAGUGUUUUGGUGAAGAAAUAUCAGCAAUGGCCAUGUUUCCUUAAUCCAUUAACAUCCCUGCAGACUAUAAGGCACUCAUGUGAUUCUGCUGUGAACAGUUAACAAGUCAGAAAGGAACUGAGUACUUUGUUCCAUUGUCAGAAGGGCUGCUACCUGCUGGCUGCUAAUGCCAAGCUAGGCAACUUAAUACUACUCAGUACCACGACCAUCUCUAUAAGAAAAAAGUUAAUGCUGCAUCGUACCACAAUGCUUCCUGGAUUGCAAUUAAACUAUGCAAUCCUGUUACUAUGGACAGUAAUGAAUAGUACAGAGGUAAAACUGCAGCACCUCUAAAUGCAUUCUGAACUUGUGCAAAGACUCUUGCUGAACUGUCCAUUGAACAAAACUCCAUUUCUAGCCCCUAUGGUUGUAGCAAUUUGCUUGAUAAUAUGAUAGCAAAUAUGCUAAAGAAUCGAAACAUACCCUUUGUUUUCAACUGCACCGUGAAGUCCACAUAUAGUAUCUUGGUAUUGGUUUCAAGUACAAAGGAACACAUAUUUUAACAGUGAUUAUUUCAGUUACAUGCUCAAACAUGCACAUUAGCUGCAGCCCUUCAACACAUUAACUACUUGUUACAAACCUUCAAGC